AAAGUCGGAUAAAUUGAAUUCGGAGCACCCACCAAUCAGGAGCACCCACGAUCCUAAGCUCCGAUGUUUGUUGUAACGUCUGCUAGAAUGGCAGCGAUAAAACUGAUUUGGUCUUUAUUAAUAAAUUUAACAAUAUGUGUAAUUCUAACUGUGGCAGGGAGAGAUUUUUAUGCCAUUUUAGGCAUACCAUCGACAGCGAGUCAACAUGCGAUAAAAAAGGCAUACAGAAAAUUGGCAAAAGAAUUGCAUCCUGACAAAAAUAAAGACGAUCCGAAUGCCUCUCAGAAAUUUCAAGAUCUGGGUGCAGCUUACGAGGUUCUGUCGGAUAACGAAAAGAGAGAAAUGUAUGACAGAUGCGGAGAAGAAUGUUUGAAGAAGGAUGGUAUGAUGAAUAAUGCUGAUCCAUUUGCAAGUUUCUUUGGUGAUUUUGGCUUUCACUUUGGUGGAGAAUCUCAUCAUCAGCAAGAAACACCUAAAGGAUCUAAUAUUGUAAUGGACUUGGUAGUUACUUUAGAAGAAUUAUAUAGUGGAAAUUUUAUAGAGAUAACAAGAAAUAAGCCAGUUACGAAGGCAGCAAAAGGAACAAGAAAGUGUAAUUGCAGACAAGAAUUGGUUACUCGCAAUUUAGGAAAUGGAAGAUUUCAAAUGAUGCAACAAUCAGUUUGUUCGGAAUGUCCAAAUGUUAAAUUUGUCACAGAAGAACGUGUAUUAGAGGUCGAAGUAGAACCUGGCAUGGUAGAUGGACAAGAAACUAAAUUUAUAGCAGAAGGUGAACCACAUUUGGAUGGGGAACCUGGAGAUUUAAUCUUAAAAAUACGAACACAACCGCAUCCAGUUUUUGAAAGAAUUGGUGACGAUCUAUAUACAAACGUCACUAUAUCUAUGCAGGACGCGUUAAUAGGUUUUAAAAUGGAUAUAGAACAUUUAGAUGGUCACAAAGUAGCUAUUCAGAGGGAUAAAGUGACCAAACCGGGAGCCCGUAUUAGGAAAAAAGGAGAAGGCAUGCCUAAUUACGAGAAUAAUAAUCUUCAUGGCACCUUAUAUAUUACAUUCGACGUUGCUUUCCCUGAGACAGAAUUCACGGAUACUCAAAAGGAAGAAAUAAAAAAUCUACUACAACAAGAUUCUGUAAGUCGAAUUUAUAAUGGAAUAAGGGGAAAUUAAGAACUUUAAGUGUAACGUAUGUACAAAGUGACAGUAUAAAAUGUGCAUACAACCGAGGUGCGCGUGUUGACUCAGUGUGUUUCUAUACCAAGUGGUGCUUUCGCUUCCUUGAAAUGUGGAUACCAACAGGUUUGGUAGCCAACCAUGAGGUCAGUUGAAAUGGAUACAUGUAGCAAACAUAAUAACCAUUGCGAGUACACGUACUUCCUCUUUGAUUAUAAGAAACUGGUCAUAUAUAUUAUUGCCGAUUACUUAUGCGGAUGUUAGGAACGGUUGCGCAGUUUAUUUAACAAAAUAAGUUAUUUUUCCUUUAACACGCGCGGGUGAUGUAUGAGUGUUUUACAUGAACAGAAAUUUUGCAUUUAAAUAGUGAGGAGUACUCGAUGAAAAUGUUUUUAAAUAUCGGACCUAGUAUCCAAUAAUAAAGUAUUGUAUUACGAUUUUUCUAUUGAAAUUAUUCGCAAUAAAAUGUACAACGCCAUCCGUCAUCGAUAACUCUAAAGGAUCGUGCAAUCAUUUAACUUGCGUUUCAUAUACUUAUUAAAAAUGUUUCGCAUUAAAUUGUACAUUAGUUUAUAUUUUACAAAGGUUUUAUUUCAGUACCUUUGCGUACACUUCGUUUACAAAAAUUAAAGUAUAAUUCUUUCGUCAGAUACAACACGGUAUGUUGUAACGUUUUGUUGCUUUGUACACGGCAACCUUAAAAUCUCUCAUAAAAAGGAGGCCAUAAAUAAAUUAUAAUUUUUGUAUCUUUAUACGUAAUUCUAACGUACUUACCUAUGUAAUUACCUGUAGUUUUUGUUAAUUUAUAGUUGAGUUUCUAUAACUAUCUCAAGUAUGUCACCGAUUCGUAUUACAAUCGUAUUAAAAAUUAGCGCACAAACAUUUUAUUACGAACCGAUGGUUUUAAUUCUAUGCAACUCUGUAUUCGGCCAUUGAACAAUCGAGCUUGCUUUCAUCUCGCUUUAGCACAGGUAAAAGAAGUUAUUUGCAUCGAACCAAAAUCAUUGAACGAUAUCACGGUCCUAUCGAAAAAUAUACGCAUACGCGUUUGACGGUAAAUAUUUUCUCUUUAAGCGAAUGAUUAACCGGUUUGACAAAAUCUUAAGACAGGUAUCGUUAGACCGAUAAUGUGACUUUUGCGUUUCUCUUGUCUCAAAAUAAUAAAUAAAUUAUUUUAUACCCUUUUUAUAGCGUAGAUGUAUAAAUGUGUAGCAUAAACGUGAAACACAAAUGAUAAGUAAAUAUCCGAGUUACAUUGUUCUAUCUGAAUUUAGGAAAAUCAUAUACAACAUACGAACGUUACUAAUAAAAGUUUGAGAAAAUACAAUCGUAAGAAGAUAGUUGUUCGAGUCGAAGGCUAGUUAAAUCUUUAGGUAAUUACAGGACAAUAGGACCAUUGCAAAGCCGUAAUUCUUUCGUAAUAUCAGUGUUUUUCGUCGAAUGCAUAUUAUCGUAAAAAGACGAAUGAAGUGUUUUAAUGGCAGGGAGUCUGCGAGUCGCGUCUAGUAAUUAAAAUACUAGCACAUAUUAGGUCUUUCUUUGAAUUUAGUUGAAAAUUAUUCACAGUAUGCUUAAGUAUGCUUAACAAAUCAAACGUCGUAUUUAAAAGUUGCUGUCAUUUACUACUAUAUAGGAAGAAAAUGUAUUUUUGUAACGUAAAAGAAUCGUAUCUCUCUGCAAUUGCAUUUUUAUACAUACGUCCGUACACGUACAUUUGUAUCCCAUAGUAGACUAAACGCAUGUAUAUAUGGUCAUGUUUAAAUUCAAUGAUAUCGCUGCACCACGCCAAUUACCUUUUACUUAUUACUUAUUCGUGUAUUAACAUAUUACACUGUGCGUAUUUAUUAUUAUCGUACACAAUAAAAACGACACUACUAU